CUAGUUUUUUCGCGACGGCGAUGAUGCUCCGUCUCGCUCGGGCACCGAAAUCUCUCCCUCUCGGCCGCACACCGAUCCGGAGACGAUGUGGUAGGCUGUGUUCUCCAUGGAGUGCUCAUUGCGGAUACGCUCAAGCUCGAGGAUAGCGUCCAGGUACUCACUACGCUCAGGGAUUCCAGCGGCGACGAGGUUCUUCUAGCGAUCAAGCACGCAGUGCAGCGACGCCACAUCCGAGCAAGUCCGAGCGAAAUAUCCGAGAGGAGCUCGAGUGGCCGUCAAGGAGCCGAUGCUCCAGAAGCAAGAGGGUUCUUCCUUCACCUCGCUGGACAACCGUGGAGGUGAUCUCCUAUGGCGCUGCGAUUGGAAGGCAACAAGCUCUUCCAAGAUGGCAGCUUUGACUCAAGCUCCAUCUCUACGACUGGUCAUGCAAGAUUUUGGGCGAGGCAAUCGAUCGACUGCACCAGAGAUGCAACAAGCUCGCCAUCCAGCGCCGCAACAGCAGCAGCAUCAUGGCAGAGAUUCGUGACUUUCUUCGGGCCUGGAGUGAAGGAGAGGAACUUCCAGUUUUCCCAGAGGUUGCGGACAACUUUUGCAAAGUGGAAGUAAAGAUCAGAGCAAGGGACGAGGCCGGGGACUCUUUACAAUGACAAGCAUCAAGAAAGGCGAGCUCAUUCUUGUCAGCAACUCGGCAGCCUUUGAGCGAGGUGGUUACAGAUCCAUUUGCGAUAGAAACACUGCAGUCCGGCUGCUCGACAUGGCCAUGAAGUCUCCGCGAGCAUACAAGCUGAUCCACAGCCUUGCUUGCGAGGUCGCAGGGAACGAGCGUGGAGUUCCCGCAAUGGAGAUUUUCCAGCCAGACUGGGCCACGCCGGAGAACUGCAGCACCGACAGUAGCAGGGAAGCUCUCCAAGGCAUUACGGUCCAGAGAUUUUUCGAAAUGGUCAGCCAAGCUUCCUUCAAUCCUAAGGUGCAGCUGCCUAAGCCAGAACGAGCCGACGGUACGCUUGCUCUACGUCGCUACUUGGUUCGUCCCCCGCUUCAUCAACCACUCCUGUGUUGGGAACGUUUCCCAGAGGGUGUUUGGCACCACGGCGUGCUACUUUGCCACCCGAGACAUCACUCGGGUUCUGCUACAUCAUCGGCGGCCAUCCUUACAGGCGGACGAGGCUCUCCUUCGAGGAUCUCGCGCAGGUGACUGGCUUCUACAGGGACUUGGCCGAGGCAAACUUUGAGUUUCCGUUCAAGGGAGGGAGCAGUCCGGCCUGGAUGGUGGUGAAGCUGGAGCAAGUGUUGGCGACAAAGCUCCAGGAUGAGGAGGAGAGGCAGUGCGUGAGAGCGAUCCACUGGUCGCUCUACCUGUGGUACUACCAGCAGGUGGAGGUUGGAAACGUGGUGGCGCUGCCGGAGGGGAUUAUGUUUCAGCGGGAGAGGUGAUUAUGGAGGCGAUGCACAAGCUCACGGCUGGCAACGAUAGCAACGAGAGUUACCUGGAGACGAUGGCAAACUACGCACGGGACAAGGAAGCGGCAAAGAGGGCGAUGGAGAUGGAGUGGGAGGUGAGGUUUGGGAAGCAGGAGGACGCUUGCGUUGCCAAGGCCAUCUACGAGAGAGACACUUCGAAGAAAUACGCCCAUAAUACAACAAGAAAAAAGCUUGUGUUAUAACAAAAGAAUGAAGAGAAAAUAGAAAAUUAAUUUUUGAAGCAA